AUGGACGUUGAUACUCGUGAAAGUCGCAGCCUCGUCGGAGGUCGAGGGUCGCUGUUCGCCUUCUCGUCGGAAAUUUGCUUGGCCGUCGGACGAGGUUUGGGGACGGUCGCCGGAAAAAGGAGAUUAAAACGCCCCGAGAACGAGUCGCCGUACAGAGCUGAAUUCGCUGAGAGCGACGAGAUUUGGGAGAGGAUUUUUGGUUUUCUCGUUUCCGAUCUGAUCGACAAGCGAAGGGAUUUGGGGAAAUUAUCGAGAAUUACCGCUGCUCUUAUCUGGGUUGAGAGAGAGACGCGCGAUUGGGAUUAA